AUGAGCUCGGUUACCCCAUGCUACGAAACCUCCUCCCAGCUGCAAGCGGAGCCUACUACAGUCCAUAAACACCAUCUGGACCUCGGGAACAUUACCAGCCGAGUGGGAAAAGAGCCUGGUAGUCCCGAUCCCCAAAGGAUCUGGAUCAGCCAACCAGUGGAGAAGAUGGUGAACCGCCGUCUGGUGGAACACCUCGAAACCAACGGCUACCUAGACCACCGGCAGCAUGCAUUCCGGGCCGGACGCGGCACCGGUUCCUUCCUGGCCGAAUCGGGUAAAACGCUGGACGAUGCCCUAGAAAACAACGAACAUGCCGAGAUUAUUUACCUCGACUUGGCCAAGGCCUACAAUCGGGCUUGGACCCCUGAUGUCCUAGCAAGGUUAACUCAUUGGGGAGUAACAGGAAACCUUUUGUAUUUCAUGAAGGACUUCCUCACAGGAAGAUCCUUCCAAGUCAUUAUUGGAAACACCCGAAGCAGCGUUCGAGAGGAAGAAACGGGAGUCCCCCAAGGGUCCGUGAUUGCGGUCACCAUCUUCCUGGUGGCCAUGCAUGGUGUUUUUGAGACCAUCCCGAGGGGUAUCUACCUGAAGGUGUACGCCGAUGACAUCACCCUCAUCGUGAUCGGCGUGCACACGAAGGCAUUACGAAAGAAGGCCCAAGCAGCCACGAAUGCCUUUGGGAAGUGGGCCGCCAAGGCCGGCUUCGAUAUUUCGGCCACCAAAUCGGCAAGGCUGCACAUCUGUGGCAGCAACCAUCAACUGCCCCGGAAGCACAUUACCCUUAACAAGGAAGUGAUUCCCACAAGGAGAACCUUGAAGACCCUCGGGGUCACCCUUGAUCGGCAUUUGACCCUACAAGCCCACUUCGAAAACGUGAAAAAGAGCUGUGAAACCCGGUUGAAUUUCCUCCGGAGCAUCGGGAGGAAAGAGCGAACGGGCCACCCACCUACGGGUCGCCGACGCCGUGAUUUGGAGCCGCCUAACAUACGGCAUAGAAAUUACAUGCCGAGCCCGAGAUCGUCUUAUCAAGCAUGCGUCGAGGCCGGUGUGUUGCCUUUCCGGCACAAGCUUGCCCAAACAAUCUGUAACCGAGCCAUAGGCUUCCUUGAGAAGACCCGGAAAAAUGGGCAAGGCUGCUUCCUGAGGGGGCAAGCAAACCUGGCCCUUCAAUCCGUGGCCAACGCCACGCUUCCCCCGGUGGCAGGUCUCCACCGGCUCGGGCCGAGAAGCUGGUCGGCCAGGGCACCAGAAAUUGACCGAGCAAUUAAGAACCACUUUGCGCGGCAAGCUCAACCCCAGGAACUCCAGGCCUUCUUCCUGGAGAGGAUCCGAGGCCGAUACAGCGAUUAUGUGAUCAAUUAUACCGACGGCUCUAAACUGGGCAACCGAGUGGGCAUUGGUGUCCACGGUACAAACCCAGAACAACACCACCGCCUCCCGACGGAGUGCUCGGUUUUUUCGGCCGAAGCAGCAGGCAUCUCUCAGGCCAUAAUAGCACCAAGGGACUGUGCCGCACUGGUAGUUACUGACUCCAACAGCGUCAUCUCUGCCAUCGAAAAUGUGAAGUCCAAGCACCCCUUCAUCCAGGGCAUCCAGGCGGCCCUUGACGCUCCCAAGCACCGGACGGUGCUAAUGUGGGUUCCCGGACACUGCGGCAUCCACGGAAACGAGCGUGCCGACGUCCUGGCCGGCAUUGGCCGGAACAGCCCCUUCCUCACCCGGAAAAUCCCAGCGGACGAUGCCAAGAAAUGGAUCAAAGACACCAUCCGACAAGCCUGGUCCAACGAGUGGAGGCGGAACCGGACCCUCUUCCUGCGAAAGGCCAAACCGACCACAGAACCCGGAGAAGAUCUUCCUUACCGGCGAGACCAAAUCGUCCUGUCCCGACUUAGGACGGGGCACACGAGAGCAUCCCACAAUAUGGCAGCUAGCAACUCCGGCUUCCGCCGGCAAUGUGAAAAUUGUGACACGCCAAACACGGUAGAGUACUUCUUGUGCGACUGUCCGGCACUCGGGUUCCUCCGAGAAACCCAUCAAAUCUCCGAUAUCCCAAGCUCACUCUCCAAUGACCAAGUCCGUGAGCGGCAAGUCAUCAACUUUUUGAAAGAGGGUGGCCUGUACCACGAGAUAUAA